AUGAAGAAGCACGCUGCGGCGGCCGGGUUGGUGGCGGUGGCGGUGGCGGUGGUCCUGUCCGCUGCCGCCGCUGCUGUGGCCAAGUCGGCAGCGUGGACGCCGGCGCUUCUGCUCCAACGCACGGUGCCGCUGCCGGCAUCGUCCCUGGAGACGCUCCAGAACCUGGACAAGGAGCGGUUCUCAAGGCCGAGGGGCGUGCCGGACUUCGACUUGGAGGGCCUGCCCGGAUGUAGCAACUCGCAGUCAGGGGCGCUGCAACAAGAUGGAAUUAUGGGGUUUGGAAAGGAUGCACCGUCUAUUAUGUUGCAACUGAGCUCUCAAGGGGUGUCUCCUAAGGCCUUCUCUCAUUGUCUGACAAGUUCAGAUGAUGGUGGUGGAAUUCUUGUUCUCAGUGAAGUUGUAGAGCCAGGAUUUGUAUUUACUCCACUUGUUUCAUCACAGCCUCGUUACAGCGUGAAUAUGAAGAGCAUUUCUGUCAAUGGUCAAAAUGUCCCAAUUGAUUCUUCCUUGUUUGCAUCAUCAAAGACACAAGGAACAUUUGCAGAUUCUGGGACAUCCUUAGCAUACCUUCCAGAUGGAGUUUAUGAUCCAAUUAUUAACGCGAUAAUUAAUGCUGCUCCAUCAUCUAUGAAUUACAGUGUCAUAAAGGGAAAUGAAUGUUUUAUUUGCUGGAAAAGCAAUGUAUCUGAAUUUCCAAUAGUGACACUAUUUUUUGAGGGUGGUGUUCCAUUGACAGUGGGUCCGGCAAACUACCUCAUGCGCAAGGCUGUAUCUCACCUUCCAGACAACCAAGUCAUAUUGUGCAUUGGUUUUCAAAGUAGCAAGAGGUUCAAGGGUUAUGAGCAUGCCACUAUUCUAGGAGAUCUUGUCUUACGUGAUAGGAUAUUCACGUAUGACUUGGAGAAGAUGCGCAUGGGUUGGGUAGACUAUAACUGCUCGCUACUGAAUAAGACCACCUUGGUUGUUGCCAGUGAGUCGCUGAGGAGCCACACACCAUCAUACUGCAGCCUAAUGAUAGCUAUUGGAGUUGCCCUCAUAAAUAGUAACAUCAGUGCACUGCGGCGGGUCGAUAGCUACCAGGGGCGCCGUCAGGAAAACUAGCAGAGUCGAGACGUCUCCAAGUUAAUUGCCGGUGGAGCAUUGAAAGUCACUCGGGAGAGGCAGGGAACGGCCUUAUGAUAAAUCAUGCACAACUAUCUCGCUGAUGAAGUUGUUUUCCUUGUCUAAUUGAAGAAGUGAAAAAUCUAGCCCUGCUGAUGCUUGAUACUACGCAGUGUAUGUCAGUGGAUGCCACUUUUGUAUUAACGUU